AGGAAGAAGAAGAAAAACGUCACUUCCGUAAACACUGGUCUCUGGCAUGUGGAACUUGUAUGGCGGUUUUUUUUGUUGUUAAUGUCGUUUUUCCCAUUAUUUAUGCGUGUUGAAGAUAUACGAUGUCUCAUACUGGAUCCUCCUACACGACCUCUCGCAUUGAAAAACCUCUCGUGAGUUUGGGGGGAAGAACAAAGAAUGGAAGAAAUGACUCUGCUGACAAAGACGCUCAAUUAAAGAGUAAUGUCUCCAGCAGUCCAGACAAAGCUGUGAGGGAGCGUGCGUUAAAGCAGGUAGGACUCACCAGCACCACCUUCAUCGGUCCAGCGUUUCCUCCUUCAAAACCUUCAAAACCUUCAAAAUCAGCCAAGCGCAAGUCUGAUUUUGAAAAUACACUGAGUGAGUUUUACAAAGAGCUUGAGACGAUUGACGCACCUGAUGGUGCUAACGAUCACUCUGGGAAAAUAAAUGCAGGUUUUGUUAAACCACCCACACCUUCAAAAACAUCUACAAGCAGGCAAAUACACAAGGGGAGCGAUGAAAUAGCCAACCCAAAUAACCGUGCAGGUCCAGAGGGCUACCAAAAAGGCAGUGGGCAGAAAUCCUGGUCACACUGGUAUCAAAAUGAGCCAUACUACCCAAGAAGACCGAGGCCACCUGCUCCAUACCAAAAUCCAUGGGAUCAUCCCCAAACCCAACCACCAAACCCACGAUUUCAUAGACCCCCAUUCCAUCGCCCACCACCUCCACCUGCAUUCCCAAAUUCACAAGCCCCCCCAUCAACUCCUAAUCACCACUGGAGCGGUUCAGGCCCGAUUAACCAGUAUCAAGAAGAGUUGCAUUUUCCAAGUUUUUCUAGCUUUCCACCACCAAAUGUGAGUGGUCACCCCUCUCAGGGCUUUUAUGGAGAUUCUCCACACCACUUUGACAGGGAUGAGUGGGCUUGUGGCUAUGAAAUGCACUCCGAUAAUGUGAAUGUUGGAUGGUCUAGAGGAAGAGAAGAACAAUCAUCUCACGGGGUAGAAGAUUAUGACAGAUUCCCGAGAUACGACUCUGAAAAUGAUCCGUGGGAUAAUCGCUGCCCACCUCCCGCCAACACAAAUGCAUUCCAUUCUUCCCCGGUGCUGAUCUUGAUGAGGGGAUUACCAGGAUCUGGGAAAUCGACUCUGGCCAGGGAGCGGCUCUCCGAGAGUCCCGAUGGGUUGAUACUGAGCACAGAUGACUACUUUGCUUUCAGAGAUGGGUACCGCUAUGAACCAGGCCUCCUCGCUGCAGCACAUGAAUGGAACCAGAACAGAGCUAAAGCUGCUAUGCAUGAUGGUCGGUCUCCCAUAAUUAUUGACAAUACAAAUGUCCAAGCUUGGGAAAUGAAGCCAUAUGUCAAAAUGGCCUUGGAGAGUGGAUACAAAGUUGACUUUUGUGAACCUGAAACCAGCUGGAAGUUUGAUUUUUACGAGCUGGAGAAGAGGAACAAGCACAGCGUUCCACAGGAGAAGAUCGCACAGAUGAUGGAUCGCUUCUCCUUUCCAAUAUCUGUAGACAUUGUCAUGAGUUCACAGGAGCCGGUUCACGUGAACCAGAGACUUCAACCAGAGCAGCCCCAGAUGUUGAGGAACAACACAGAAUUCCUUUAGUCAUCCACAAGAAACAGCUAAAUAAUUUGCCUUGAAGACCCAAUACUUUGUAAUGAAGUCAAUGUUGUUAGCUACUGUUUCUAUGUGAUUUUUUUUUUAAACUGUUGUUAGUGAACAUUUUAAAUGUAAAAGAAGAAAAAAAUCUAUUUUUCUGAAUACGUUUUCUUAAUUAAACUUUCACAUGUAAAUCUACUUUAAUUAUUUUUUAUAUAUCGAUUGGUAAUUCAGAUUUUCUCAUUUGCAGAAUGUUUGUUAUAAACAAGACAUUGGGAAAAAAACAAAAAAGGUUGUUCUCAUGCUCAAAAUCAGCAUAAAACUGCUACAAGGCGA